AUGGCAUCUUCAUCAUCUUCUAACUCUGCUCAAGAGUCUUCGUCUCGGUCAUGGAAAUACGAUGUAUUUCUUAGUUUUAGAGGAGAAGAUACUCGCAAGGCCUUUGUAGAUCAUCUCUUCUCUGCUCUUGUAGAACGACUUAUCCGCGUUUACAAGGAUGAUGAAUCGCUUCUCCGUGGUGAAUCCAUCGGUCCAUCUUUGUUCAAAGCUAUCGAUGAAUCACAUAUUGCUGUCAUAGUAUUCUCCAAGAACUAUGCAGACUCUUCAUGGUGUCUAGACGAACUUGUACAUAUUAUGAAAUGCAGGGAUGAGAGAGGGUUAACUGUUAUGCCCAUAUUCUAUGACGUGGAACCCUCGGAAGUGAGAAAUCAGAAAAGGAAGUUUGGAGAAGCAUUUGCCAAUCAAGAGGCAAAGAAUGUCACUAAAGUUGAACUGUGGAGAAAAGCACUUUUUGAUGCAAGUAACAUUGCUGGGUGGGAACCCAAGCACAUUGCCAAUGGGCAUGAAAAAGAAGUCAUCAAAGAAAUUGUUGGUAAAAUUCAAGAUAGAUUGUUUCCAUUGGAUUCAGAUGUUGAUGAAGAGCUUGUUGGAAUAAGAGAGCGAUUGCAAGAUUUAAUAUCACAGUUAGAAAUUGGGAUGGGUGGUAGGCGCAUGGUUGGGAUAUGGGGAAUUGGCGGCAGUGGUAAGACUACUCUCGCGUCCUCUGUUUAUACAGAAGUCUCUCACCAUUUUCAUGCUCAUUGCUUUAUUGCCAAUAUUCGUGAGAAAAGUAAACAUGGUUUAGAAACCCUGCAACAAAAAAUUUUAUCGACUCUUUUGAAAAGAGAAGUAGAAGUGCAGAAUGUUCAACAAGGAAAACAUAUAAUAAAGAGUAGGUUAUGUAACAGUAAAGUGUUGGUAAUUCUUGAUGAUGUCGAUCAUCUAGGCCAACUACAGGCAUUAGCUGGAUCAACUCAAUGGUUUGGAAGUGGGAGCCGAAUAAUAAUCACAACUAGAGAUGAACAUUUGCUAAGAACUCACAGGGUAGAUCACAUCUCCCCCGUUAAAUUAUUAUCCGAUAAGGAGGCUAUCUUGCUAUUUUAUAAGCAUGCAUAUAAUGAAACAGAGCCUCUAAAAGAUUAUAAGAAACUUUCAUCCCGUGUGGUUUCUUAUGCUGCCGGGCUGCCAUUAGCACUUCAUGUUUUAGGUUCUUUUCUAUUUGACAAAGACAAGGAGGAGUGGAUAAGUACCUUGGCCAAGUUAGAAGAUAUCCCAAAUAUCGAGGUUAUGGAUAUACUAAGAAUUAGUUAUGAAGGGCUUGAAACUCUCCAGAAAGAGUUAUUUUUGGAUAUUGCGUGUUUCUUCAGGUGGAAAAGCAUAGAUGAAGCCAUGGAGAUACUUGAUGCUUGUGGCUUUCACCCUGUUAUAGGGAUAAGGAUACUAAGACAAAAAGCUCUCUUAACUACUACGGAUGGUAAGUUUGAUAUGCAUGAUUUGGUUCAAGAAAUGGGACACUACAUUGUUAGAGGGGAACAUGCUAAGAAUCCUGGAAAAAAUAGCCGAGUUUGGAAAAACGAAGAAAUCAGUAACAUGUGUUAUGGGGAUUCAACAACGGAAAAUGACAAGAUUGAAGCGAUGCGUUAUUAUGGUCAUUCAUCGCGUUUAUUCGAAUUUAUUUCAAACAUGAAGAAACUAAGGUUGCUUAGUGUGGUUUUGUACCUUGAUGAUGACAGGGACAACCAAACUGAAGGGCCUUUUUUUCUGUCAAAUGAAUUGAGGUAUUUUUAUUGGGAAAGGUAUCCGGCAAGUCCACUCCCAGACAGUUUUCAACCAAUGAAUCUUGUUGUUCUAAAAUUGCAUUACAGCUCGCAAAAAGAACUUUGGAAUGGUCGCAAGUGUCUACCACAUCUUAAAGUUCUUCAACUCUGUUUUAUGAGCAAUCUACUGAGCACACCAGAUUUUGAUGGACUCCCAUGUCUUGAAACGUUAGUACUCCGAUAUUGUGACAAGUUAGAAGAGAUCCACCCAUCACUUGGAAAUCGGAGAAGUCUUGAACACCGGCUGCCACAGUUAAAAGUGCUUGAACUCUGUUAUAUGGAGAAGCUAUUCAGCACACCAGAUUUUAAUGGACUCCCGUACCAGAUUUUAAUGGACUCCCGUAUCUUCAAAAGCUUGAAAUCAGUAAUUGUGACAAGUUAA